AUGGCGACCCAUCGCGCCGACGAGCGCAAAUUCCUCGAUGAGCGCGGCUCCUCGGCCUCGCUGGCGCCCAAUGGCCUCAACCCGGCGACGAUCAUGGAGAAAGCCGUCCGCGAGCGCAUCAUUGAUAGCUACUUCUGGAAGGAGCAGUGCUUCGGUGUCAACGAGGCGGACAUUGUCGAUCGCGUGCUCGAGCAUGUCAACUUCAUCGGCGGCACCUACGGAUCCUCCCAGAAGCCCACGCCAUUCCUGUGCCUGGCCUUCAAGCUGCUACAGCUUGGACCCGGGGAUGAUAUAAUCGAGGAGUAUCUCCAGUUCGGCGGGGAGAAGUUCAAGUACCUUCGUGCCCUGGCGGCCUUCUACGUGCGGCUCACGAGGAAGGCCGAAGUGGUGUACAAGACGCUCGAGCCGUUCCUCGAGGACAGGCGGAAACUGAGGAGGAAAGGGCGCGCGGGGACAUCGCUGACGUAUGUCGAUCAGUUUGUGGACGACUUGCUGGUGAAGGAUCGCGUGUGUGCGACGAGCCUGUGGCAGAUGCCGAAGCGUGAAGUCUUGGAGGAUCUCGACAUCCUCGAACCCAGAGUGAGCCCGCUCGGGGACAUUGAGGAACUGCUCGAGGAAAUGGAUGCGGAGAACGAAAAACAAACCAACGGCAACGACCACGGAAGUGAAGAGGGGGCAUACAGUGACAGUGAUGAUGGACGAAGAGGCAGUCGUAGUCCUCGCAGCAGAAGUCGGUCGUACGACAGCAGGUCUCGGAGUCGAUCUCGAUCAUAUUCAGCCUCGGAAGGGUCAUACAGGAGAAGCCGCAGCCGCACCCGUUCGCGAAGUGCGGGACCAGAGGAUAUGGACGUGGACAGGCGGUAG